ACAGUGGUGAGAAGACACCCGGUGUUCCUGGGCCGACCCCAUCGGACCUGGCUGAGGCAAGAGCCUCUUCACAUCCAGAGGAUCCUCCAAGUCAACCGGACACUGUACAUCGGAGCCAGGGAUGACCUUUUCCGCGUGGAGCUGGACAUCGUGGCAGGAGACGAGAUGUUCUACAGCAAGAAAAGGACGUGGGAGUCGAAUAAGAAUGACAUCAGGAUCUGCAGGAUGAAGGGCAAACACGAGGACGAAUGCCGUAAUUUCAUGAAGGUGCUGCUCAGCAGACAAGGAGGCCUGUUUGUGUGCGGGACCAACGCCUUCAACCCGCUGUGUGCCAACUACACUGGAGACACUCUGGAGAUGGUCGGAGACGCGGUCAGCGGCAUGGCGAGGUGCCCCUACGACCCCAAACAUGCAAACGUGGCUCGUUUUGCAGAGGGAAAUCUGUUUACCGCCACGGUGACGGACUUCCUGGCCAUCGACGCCGUGAUCUACCGCAGCCUCGGGGACAGUCCCGCCCUGCGCACCGUCAAGCACGACUCCAAGUGGUUCAGAGAGCCGUAUUUCGUCAGCGCUGUUGAGUGGGGGCCUCACAUCUACUUCUUCUUCAGAGAGAUAGCAAUGGAGUUCAACUACCUGGAGAAGGUGGUGGUGUCACGCGUGGCGCGGGUGUGCAAGCGCGACCUGGGGGGGUCUCAGCGCGUCCUGGAGAAGCAGUGGACGUCGUUCCUGAAGGCCCGCCUGAACUGCUCCGUCCCCGGGGAUUCCCACUUCUACUUCAACCUGCUCCACUCCACCAGCCCCGUCAUCAGGAUGCACGGCAGGGACAUCAUCCUGGGGGUGUUCUCCACGCCGGCAAACAGCAUCCCCGGUUCGGCGGUGUGUGCCUUCGACAUGGAGCAGCUGGCCGGAGCGUUCGAAGGGAGAUUCAAGGAGCAGAAAUCCCCCGAGUCCAUUUGGACGCCUGUUCCAGAUGAAGUCAUCCCAAAGCCGAGACCCGGCGGCUGUGCUGUUCAAGGCUCCAGGUUUAAUUCCUCGAACUCAUUCCCCGAUGAGAUGCUCAACUUCGUCAAGACCCACCCUCUGAUGGAUGAGGCUGUCCCGUCGCUCGGACGGAGGCCCUGGAUUGUCAGAACCAUGGUCAGAUACCAGCUGAAUAAGAUCGUGGUGGAUACAGAAGCCGGGCCUCACAGAAACCAGACCGUCGUGUUCCUCGGAUCGAACAGAGGGACGAUCCUCAAGUUCCUUAUCAUGCCCAACCAGGACAACACCGUCACCAACAGCCAUGUAUUCCUGGAGGAACUGGAGGGAUUUAACCCCGAUAAGUGUGCCGAAGACUCUCUGCAGGCCAGGCAGCUGCUGUCCCUGACUCUGGAUCGGGAGAGCCACACUCUGCUUCUGGCCUUCCCCUCCUGUGUGGUCAGAGUACCAGUGGCUCGAUGCCAGCUCUACUCCCGGUGCAUGAAGAACUGUAUCGCCUCCAGGGAUCCUUACUGCGGCUGGACCAGAGGAAGCACUUGUUCUUUCCUCAGACCUGGGACCAGACUGCCGUUCGAGCAAGAUGUCGAACAGGGAAACGUGGCCCACUUGGGUGACUGCGACGGAUUGCUGCUCCAAGAGAGUUUCAUCGAGGAGCCGGACGGCCUGGUGUCCGUGAACCUGCUGGUGGUGUCCGCCGUUUCGGCCUUCGCCACGGGAGCCGUCCUCUCCGGCCUCACCGUCUGCUGGAUCAUGAGUCACCGCCACCGCCACCCUCGGGGCCCGGGGGCCGGCGGCGCCCGCCGCAAGGGUGACAAGGAGCAGAGCAUGCUGGGGCAGGGCCAAGGCGGGUCGGUGAUGAGCGUGACGAGAACCAGCGGCGGCGACCGGCGGCGCUCGCAGGCGGACAACCCCUUCGUGGUGCCCAACGUCUGGCCCAAAGUGGAGAUGGACCCGGGUUUGCUGCCCACGCCGGAGCAGACGCCGCUGCAGCAGAAACGGUCCCUGCGUCUCCCCGACUCCGACUGAGACCAGAGCCAGACCUUCCUCACCGCCGUGGGGACGCCAUGCCCCAACAACUCGGUCAUCUACCUGAGCUCCAAGUUCCUGCACGGAGGCGGUGGGGGGAUGGUCCGGAUAGAGGACCAGGGGGAGGUGCUGCUGCCCCCGCACGCGGAGCGCCAGCGCUACCUGAUCCUGGCCACCCAGCGAGGCGAGCACGGCGGCGGUCGCCCCAGCGGCGCCCUGAGGAACUCGGCGGGAGAGUACAUCUACCCGGCCACGCCGCAGGACUCCCCCGACCGACGGAGGGUGGUGUCCGCCCCCACGCCCCACAUGGACUACGGGGAGCCUCGCUGGAGUCACGAGGCGCUCAACUUCAACAGCAACAACGGAGCGCCCUAUCACUCCCAGCGGCCGGGCCUCAUCAGGCCAGAUGUGCACGGGCCGCGGGGGCUGGGAGAACUGGCUGACUUCAGCCAUCUGCUGGGCAAGAACAUGGGAGAGCGCGCCCCCAGUGGCCAGUGAGGCAACGUGCGGGAGCACUUCUCUCAGACUGGAAUGAACGACCCCUCAGACUCACCGUCCCGGUCCCACCUUUCCCCGUCUGUCCUCUCUCACCGUCAUUCAAUGUCCUGACGUCAUUCAGCUGACCGAAGAGAGAGACCAAGAGACAGUUGAAAAAGAGGAGCAAACUCUCCUCGCGUCUCCUGCUCGGAGUCGGAGGUGCACCCCUCUGCUCUGUAAGCGGUACGGCCCGCGGGAGCUUGACUUUGGCACCGCCGGGCGAACAGUAAGCUAAAGAGAGGGGUGCCCAGGAAAGGGAAUCUUCUAAAAGUACAGUGUGGAGAUUUAAAAAAAAAAAAAGAAGAAAAAAAAGAAGACCAUGUCCCUUGCAGCGCCAAA